GGAUUUUGAUCCAACGGUUCGCCAGGGCCCUUAGACCUUGAUCAAGGGUUGAAAUUGGGGGAUAACCUUAUUAGUAAUAGCUCACGUAAGAGCCAAAACAGCAGUCUGGAUGGUAAUUGAUAACCAUUCUGGAGAGGAGAGAGAUGCCACGUCCUACUGUGGAAGUGCUAGAAACAUGAAGGAGAACUAUUUUUAAUUAUUUUUAAAUUUAAAAACAGCCUCCUCAUAUUGGGACUGCUGUUCUAUGUAAGAGUGUGCUCAUAAUGAAGAAGAAACUCGAAAGUAGAACAUUCGGGAUUUGGUCAAAGAAGAAAUGUCGUCUUCUCAAGUUACAGCUGUUCCAACUUCACCACCAAAAACUAUUCGUCAAACUGCUGAUUUCCAUCCCAUAGUAUGGGGAGAUCAAUUCCCCAAAGAUACUUCUGAACUCAAGACAAUUGAUCCUACAACUCAAGAAGAUUAUGAGCAACUGAAACAAGAGGUAAGAUGGAUGAUAAUGGAUACAUCACAAACGCAUGCUCAGAAAUUACACUUGAUUGAUGCAAUCCAACGGUUAGGUGUGGAUUAUUACUUUCCAAAAGAGAUAGAUGAUGCUUUGGAGAAAAUUUAUAGUGACAAUAUUGAAUAUAAUGAUCUCUAUACUGUUUCUAUCCAUUUUCGACUUCUUCGACAGCAAGGAAUUAAGAUUGUUUGUUAUGUAUUUGAAAAGUUCAAAGAUGAUGAAGGGAAAUUCAAGGCAUCCUUGAUUAAUGAUGUUCCUGGAAUGCUAAAUCUAUACGAGGCAGCACACUUUGCUAUUCACGGAGAAGAUAGCCUAGAUGAAGCCCUUACUUUUACUACGACUCACCUUAAGUCAAUGGUGUCUUGUGCAAGCCCUCACCCUGCAAAACAAAUAAAUCACGCUCUUAAUUGUCCUCUCCGGAAAGGCCUACCAAGGCUAGAGGCAAGAUUUUUCAUUUCUGUUUAUUCAAGAGAUGAUUUACAAAAUAAAACUCUGUUAAAGUUUGCCAAGUUAGACUUUAACAUGUUACAAGCAAUGUACCAGAAGGAUCUCAAAGACAUGGUGAAUAAUGUAGACUUCAUUUCAAAGCUGUCUUACGCGAGACAAAGAAAGGUGGAGGAAUAUUUUUGGGCACUGGGAAUUAUUUUUGAGCCACAAUAUGCAUUUGGUAUUAGGAGUAUGGCCAAAUUAAUAUGUCUUCUAUUAACCCUCAUAGACGAUACAUACGAUUCCUAUGGUACAAUGGAAGAACUCACACUCUUUACAGAAGCCGUCAAAAAAUGGGACUUCGGCGCCACAGAUAUGCUUCCAGACUACAUGAAAUUAAUUUACAAGACACUGUUAGUUUUUUUCUGUGAAAUGGAGGAAUAUAUGGUUAAGAAAGGAAAACCAUGCUGCAUAAAUUCUCCAAAAUUUUGGAUGCAGAGAAUUGUUCAAGGCUACUUUUCUGGAGCCAAAUGGUUGAAUGAAGGGUACAUUCCAUCAUUUGAGGAAUAUAUAAGUCUUGCAGCAGAAACAUCUGCAGUCGAAUUGAUCACAUCAGUUGCGUUCUUGUUUGAGCAAAAGAGAGGACAUAUUCCCUCAGCUGUUGAAUGCUACAUGAAGCAGCAUGGUGUUUCUGAAGAAGAGGCAGUUGAAGCAAUUACGGAACAUGUUGCCAACGCAUGGACUGAUGUGAAUGAGGAAAUGCUUAAACCAACUACUAUAUCAAUGUCUCUACUGGAGCGAGUUCUUAAUUAUUCGCGUGUAGCUCAUAUAUUUGUACGUGUCUUCGUCUGCAAAAUUGAUAACUGCCAAGGAUGA